CCCACACCGGACCCUGAAUUUCUCUAUAAAUCGGAAAUUCCAUUUUAAGGGAUUCACCUUCGAAACCCCGCUUCCUUUCUGAUCGUCGUAGGUGGGGAGAGGGGGAGCGAAGAAUCGUAAGUUCGCUUGAAAAUUUUAUGGCCUUUUUUCUAUAAUCAUCGAUACACAGCGGUCGUAGAGAGCUUUCCCUCCUACACUCAACAACGAACAGGAAAGGUGAAGAAUGGAGCAUCAUAAAGAGACAGGAUGCCAAGCUCCUCCAGAAGCUCCCAAACUCUGUGCAAACAACUGUGGGUUUUUUGGAAGUGCUGCAACUAUGAACCUAUGUUCAAAAUGCCACAAAGACUUCAUCAUGAAGCAAGAACAGGUCAAGCUUGCAGCAUCCUCUAUCGGAAGCAUUGUGAAUGGUGGACCAAAUGACCAUGGGAAGAAGGCUGCUGUUGUCACUUCUCCAACCAAGCUAGAAAUCGAACCAGCUAUAUCAUCCAUCAUUCCAACACAACCAUCUUGGACUUCUGCAAAUGCAAGCAGCAGCACCAACAUAGAGAAGGUAAAAGCGAGCCCAAACAGGUGCAGCAGCUGCAGGAAACGCGUUGGACUAACCGGGUUCAACUGUCGAUGUGGAAGCCUCUUCUGUGCAGUUCAUCGCUACUCCGACAAACACGACUGCAGGUUUGAUUAUCAAGCUGUCGGUCGGGAGGCAAUCGCUAAAGCCAACCCCGUGGUGAAGGCUGAAAAGCUCGACAAGAUCUAAAGAGGGAAAAACACCAUGGAUCCAACCGUGGCCGAGUUGAUGUUUUUUUGUGAAAAGGGGUUGUGGGCGAAGGGCUUGUGAGAGACAACAACAUGUUUGCUACUUGGAAGAGCAUAAUCUGUGGGGUGAUAUGAUCCGAUAGGGGGCUGUGAUUGUAGGUUUUGUUUGGCUGUUUAUGGGGUUGAGCCAAAUUGUUGUUAAAUGGACUGAAAAAUGAUCAAAAUCCUUAAUUUUAUGUUU